UUGAGUAUCAGCGAGUAUUGGACUAUGUCAACAAAAAAAGCUUCUAAUCACCCGAAAAUAGUCAUUCCAGGACAAAAAGGGAUGACUGGAAAAACUUCUGCUCUUGCCGAACAUGAAUACGUCAUGGAAGUCGACCACGUCGAUCACAAAGAGAAACGCAAAGAAUCUCCGUCCUUGCAGAACACUCCAACUAAAGCCUCGGCUAAGAAACAGAAGGGUGACGAAAACCCUGAGAUUUCCAACACCGCUCUUCUGGAAACCAUAGUUGCCAGAUUCGAUCUACAAGACGGGAAGCUGAGCAGCAUUGAGCAUAAAAUUACUGAGAACAGUCUAAUGAUCGUCAACCUGACAAAAGCUGUGGAAUUCAACGCGGCGGAAAUAAAGGAUUGUAAAACUAAAAUAAACUUGUUCGAAAAACAACUCCCCUCUGUUGUCACAUCGCACGCAGAUUUGAUAAGCCGCACGUCGGAGCUCGAACGCUACAAAAGACGAUGGAACCUCAGAGUAAUCGGAAUGAAAGAAACCGCAGGCGAAGAUAUCCGAAGAGAAGUCGUCUCACUGUUAGCCGAAAUUGCUCCUCACCUGCAGCACAAACUUGAAGACAUCGUGGAUACAGUCCACCGCAUUGGCCCCAAAACGAAGGAUAAAUCCAGGCAGGUGAUUAUUCAGUUCUGCAUGCGGAAACACAGAGACGAGUUCUGGCGCUCCACCAAAGUCUCGGAUGUCUGUAAACUCAGGGGAAUAAAGUUCGCCGAAGAUUUAUCUAAGGAAGAUCGAGAAGCCCGCACUGCACUAUGGCCGAGGAUCAGUGAGGCUAGAGCUGCAGGGAAGAAAGCCUACUACCGUGGUCCCUAUGGCUACAUAGAGGGCACCCGGAUUGUCAAGGAUGGUUGAUCUCAACAACCUCGAACGCACUCGUCUUCCUUUUGUGUUGGCAAGAGGUGUAAGUGGGAUGUUUUGUUAUGUCCUUGCUGUUGAGCGGGAUUUUGUUACAGUGCUCUGUUUGAGAGAGACAUUGUUUUGUGUUCAUUAGAGCACGGUUUCAUAUUUUUCAUUUGACUGUUUAUCUUCUUAUUUCACAUAUUUAUUUUAAUUUAUUUAUUGUUUGUUUCCUAUCAGUUAAAUGUUCUCAGUGAAAUCGUCCUUUUCCUUUAUUUCUUUAAACGCAAGGGGUCUCCGUAACUCUAUCAAAAGAAAAGCUUUCUUUCUUUUUUGCAAAAGCAAAAACUCACACUGUAUAUUUUUGCAAGAAACGCAUUCCA